AUGCUGGGGGCCCCCGUCUCCUCCUUUGUAUUAGAUGAUUCAGGCAAGGUCACCGGCGUCAAAACCACAGAUGGACAGGUGGCUCGGUGUAAGAUGGUGGUAUGCGACCCAUCAUACAUAAAGGAUCAGUUUCCAUCUCGUUUGCGCACACAUGGUAUCUGUCUUAAGGGGAAAACCAUCGCCAUUGUCAGCACCACUGUAGAAACUGAUGACCCUGAGAAAGAGCUGGAGCCAGCCCUGAAGUUGCUGGGUACAAUAGAGGAGAAGUUUGUUUCGGUGAGCGACAUGCUGGAGUGUACAGACACCGGAAAAGAAAGCAAAAUUUUCGUCUCCAAGUCCUUCGAUGCCACUUCUCAUUUCGAGUCGGCAACACAAGACGUCCUCAAAAUGUGGGAGGAUAUGAUGGGUGAGCCGCUAGACCUAUCGACAAAGGCAGACCCUGAAGACCUACAAGAACAAUAA